AUGGCGCCUGAAUCUCGGCAAGCGUGCCAUCUCAACACCCAUCUCCAGUCCGCCACCCUGCCGCUGGCCCUCCGCACCGUCGCUCCCCGCGACGCCCCCGCGCUCUCGGCCCUGCUCGCCGGCCCCGGCCCCCGCCACGACGCCGAUGCCGUCAUCGCCCGCCAGCGCCAGUCGGCCAGCGCCCCCUCCGUCCUUGGCGCCGACGGCUUCGUCGCCAGCGGGCCGGACCGCGUCAACAUGGCGCUGGUCCUGCUGACGCACCAGAAGGCGGGGGGUGAGCCCGGGGACAUGGCCGGUCAGCCGCAGCGGCAGCAAGAGCAGCAGGCGGGGGGUGACGAGGUGGAGGGUGACGAGGAGGAAUUGGUGGUUGGCCUCGGCGGCUUCGGCGCCAUCAAGACACGCUGGGACUCGGCCCUCGGACGCCCCAUGCGCGCGGGCGACGCGGGCGUCCUCGUGGCCCCCGCGCACAGGCGCCGGGGCUUCGCCGCCGAGGCCAUGCGUCUGGCCCUCGACUGGGCCUUUACACCCGUCAGCCACGGCGGCCCUCAGCUGGACGUCGUCACCAUCACGACCCUGAGUGACAACGCACCCAUGGUGACGCUCGUCGAGGGAAAGCUCGGGCUCGGGGGCAAGGGCGUCCUGCGCCCGGCCGAGGGCGGAGAACCCGUCGGCGAGCUGUACUACGAGCUGAAGCCGGAGGACUGGAAGGAGACGAGAAGGCAGCAGGUAGCCGUCCAAGGUCGUUGA